AAUCCUAACACUAAAUCCUUGCCGUCAUGUAGUUUAAAGUGUAGGAGAACUUAGUGUAAUAGCACUUUGAAAAAACGUCGCCCUUUUUAGUUAAGCCACACUCUCUAAAGUCUUUAAGGCUGAACUGUUGAAAAAGUACGGGAGUUUGCCACAUAAUGAUGCUGACAGGGGAAAACAUUCUUUUAGUUAUGGUGGUUUUCACAGCAGCUACUAUGGCACAGUCAAAGGCUACCAAGCGCUGCUCCCAUUUUGAGAUCACUGUUGUCCAUGAUGGGAAUAGUACGUGUGUCCCGUGCGAAUUAUGUCCGCCUGGCCAAGGCCUCUCUGUCAACUGUGGAGCAACGACAAAUGUUUUUCCAAAGUGUGUCUCUUGUCAAGAAGGAAAAACGUUUAAUAAUGGAAAGUCAUAUUUUCAAUGCAGCACCUGUGUGCCCUGUGGGGAGAAUCAACUGAUUAUUGGAAAGUGUACCAUCUACAACAACACUCAGUGUGGUGGCUGUAGGAAUGGUUAUUACUCAGAGGAUAGUAUAUAUGACUGUCUCCCGUGCUCCAAGUGCUGUGGUCCACCUGAUGCUGCAUUCAUUGCAGAGAAAUGUAAAAAUGAUGGAUUGCCUGCCAAUCACCAGUGCCGCAUAGAUGACAAAAGAUGCCAUCUCUACCCCAGUGGCACCAAAAAGCCAGGGGAUAUGAAAUUAUCAUCACCAACAUCACCAAGUCACUUAAGAUCUACUCCACCAGAACACUUGAGCUCUACAAAAUCAACACAUCCUGGAUAUUCUGCACCAUCUUUCCCAAAACCAUCUUCAAAACAAACCAGCUCAAAAGAAAACAAAGCCAAAUCUGAUGUCUCUCAAAUACGCCUUGUCACUAAAAAGCAGAAAAAUGAAUAUGUGGUAGUUGUCACAAAUCCCCUGACUUGGGUGCUGGUUGUUGUUGCAUAUUCGAUAGGAUAUAUUCUGGAAAAGAAAUGGACCUUUUCCUCUGUGAAGAAAAUUGGGAAAAAGGAUAUUUUCCCAUGGAUAACAUAAAUGGUAUUGCUCACUCAAUAGAGUCGAUCUGCCAAGGCACUGAGCGGUUUCUUCGGGAUACACCAGAUGCAAGCAAAGAAACAGUGAUCUAUACUCAGCGCCAAAUGGCCAAAAAAGUAUCUGAUAUGCCUUUCAAAUAUCGAAGAGAUAUAGGCAUGAGGUUGGCUACCAAAAAUUGGGAAACUGGUCCUAAACCUUUCCUAGAGAAAAUUUCUGUCCCAAAAGAUGAGAUUGACUAUAUUUGUAGCAACAGUGGCUUAUAUCUGUGGGAAAAGGUUAUGGAACAGUUUUCUAGAAAAACUAAUGGUCAAGUAGCUACAUUGGUUAAAUUGCUAAAUGAAUUGGAAAGGGAAGAUAUUAUUCAGGAGUGCAUCUAUAAAUGGUUAGAUGGAAAGAUAGAGAAAAGGUUUCGGAACAACAACAGGCCCUUGACCUUCAGUACCAUUGCCUGAUGCUGUGUAGGUAGGAACCAGCUUGUGUUAGACAGUGUAUGUGGGUGGUAACUAGGUUUAAUUGUGUGUGAAGUAAAUGGCUUUGCUAUGCAAGUAAAAAUCCAUGUGUAGAGUGAUGAUGCACUGUCGGUGUGAAUAGUGCAAAUCACAGUGGUGGUCAUUACCCGAAAAAAAACCCAUCAAGUGGUUAUUUUUAAAAAAGAGAACAUAACUUCAUCAUUCAUAGGUGCAUUUUGAUAUGUAUUGUAAAUAUAAUAAUUUAUAUGACCUCUUUUUACAAAGCAAGAUCAAACCUAUGAAAUAGUUAUGCAGUUACUCUGUUCAUAACUUAUCAGCCUAUAGGUAUACAUUUUGUUACAGUGAAGUAAUAUCACAAAUUGUAAAAAAAUAAUUAACAGAUUAAAGUACAGUAUUAUUAAGGGGUAUCUGUCAGCCACCAGCUUGCAAUGAAAUACCAUGUACAAAAGAAGCAUAUUUUUUUUUUUACUGAUUUAGGAAAAAAUACAGAAUUGCUAUAUUUUCCAUUUUAAUUUGUUAAAUGACAUGCACAUAAGAUUUACUCACUUGAUUGGUGUUCCACAUUUAAGUGAAAACAAUAACAAAGGCAUGGCUGACAAGUACUCUUUAACCAUAAUUAAUAGAAGCAACCAAGAUGUACACAGUUUAUUUUCAAUUCAGACAAAGUCAUAAAACACCAGAUAAAUAGUCAGUGUGUUAAAAUCAUGUAGCCUAUUAAACACUAUUUACAAUUGUAUUAAAAAGCUUGAUAAUCCAUUAAGCUAUGUUACAAAGUAAGAACAGGUUUUUACUUAUUCAUAAUUAGCUAGAAAGGUAGAUUGUAGAGUUUCUACUUUGAUUCCUCAAAGUCUGUAAAUUCGAUUUGCGUGACAAUUUUUGCCCAGAAUCAACUUGGUUAAAAACAAAAAAACGUUUAGAAUUAGAUUUAUUCAGUAUGUAGUAUUUUGAUAAUCAAUGAAACUGAAGCUGGGGGCAUGAAAGGAUGAUGUAAUUAUAAUUACCAAUAGGAAAAUGAAUAUGAAAUUGUCUUCUUACAAGGACCUGUUUUAAGAAAAAAUAAAUAAGUGUGUAGUCAAAUACAUAAGAUUACUGUAUUGCAGAUAGUGAUAUCAUGAACUUUUAAUUGUAUGAUAGUUAGGAAUGUAAAAGUUUGACAGCUGUAAUUUUAGUAUAUAUUUUAGAUUACUAAAAUACAUUUGCAAUUGAA